AUGACUACUUGGUUCUCGUCUGUCCAAAGGCACAAACACAUCAGAGACUGGGAUCUUAAUCUGCCAUGGUGCACUAGAUCUCUAACCUGGGACUGUGUAGAGAAAGGAAACCUAGCAGCUCGCGCUUUAUCAGAGAAUCUGCGAACACACCGGGAAAACACCAAACCACCGCAACAGUCGCAAAACAGGCCAGGGGUUCACGCGCCGCUCCGGCGACAGAGGCAUUGCGCUCCCGAGGCUGCGUUUCAGCAUGAGCGUCCUGCGCGCGCCGGCCCUCGCCGCGCUCGCGCUGCUGAUCGUGAGCGGCGGCUACGGCGGCCCGAGCGGCUCCGCGUCCGCGCGCACCACCACCGUCCUGCUGCGGCUACUCACGGCCAGCGCACCGGACGCGUCCGAGCAGCGCGCGCGCUCUACAGCGCAUCCGGCGCAUUCUCCGCUCCCCGUCCGGACCGACUUCUCAUAGACUCACAGGAAGGGAACGAAGUGAACAAAUCCAAUCAGCAUGAACAGUUACUGGACGUCUUUCCUAGAGACCUGCGACAGAAAGAAAAGUUCCUAAAGCAUUUAACAGGGCCUCUUUACUUCAGCCCAAAAUGCAGCAAACGAUUCUAUAGAUUAUAUCAUAACACCAGGGACUGCACAAUACCUGCCUAUUAUAGAAGAUGUGCACGGCUACUCAGAAGGUUAGCGGAGAGUCAACAGUGUUCUGAGGGAUAGAUUUUGCAGAUUUCAAUGGACUUAAGAAAUAAGGAGGACCAGCGAAAAAGUGCCUUGGAAAAGAACAGAAGGAAAAAACACCUAAGAAACAUGUCAUUAUAAAGCAGAAUUUGCCAUCAAUUAUUUUUUUAAUCAAAGUCCUCCGUAGAGUUCUACAUACAGUACCAUGGAAGUCUUACUGACUGACAAAUUAAUGUUAUCACUGAACUUUCUGAUAACUCGAAUGGUGCAAGUGAAGAUGGUGUUAUUACACGCUUAAAAUAAUCCCACUGCCAAAAUCUCUGGACUGCAAAUACUUUUAUAACAUUUAUCAUUAUGCAAAUGCUAUUGUGGUUUACUGUGGUUUUUUUCAGUAGUUGUGGACAGAGUAUCAUUUAAUGACACCCAGCUUCUACUCUUGAACACCUCCACUACACAAAAUCACAACCUGUUAAAUCAGUCAUUGAAUUAUAAAUUGUAUUUGUGAGACAUUUCUUUUGGCAGAGAUUAGGGACGAAGGUUGUAUUAAAGUGUGCAUUCUCCUUAAUAUGAAUGUCAAAUAUACUCUAUUUAUAUAUUCAAGGUAUUGUCAGUUGCUGUGUCAGACACAUACACAUCCCAGCUAGAGUGCAAUAUGUAUAUAUUGUAAAUAUGAGAAAAUCUAUCUUCAAAUAAAAUGGUUUGUUAUA